CUCUCUCUCUCUGUUUCUCUCUCUCUGUUUCUCUCUCUCUCUGUUUCUCUCUCUCUCUUCCUGGCAUCACUCCACUCUGUUUCACUCUCUCUCUCUGUUUCUCUGGUAUUUCUAUCUCGGUUCUGCCGCAGUCGUGUUCAGGCUGGUUUGAUUUGUUGCUGCUGUUGAAUCGGGAGUCAGACACACAGGUACAGAAGUGGUGGGAACAGAGAUGACCACAGUCAAACCAGGCGCUGGGCACCAGGUGACAGGGUCACCGCGGAUGGACAAAGUGCAGCUUGUGAGAGGGAGGAGAGAGGAGAGAGAGAAGAGUCAUGAGGAGUUUUUGCGUGAUAAAGAGCAACGUGUACGGCAGCAGCUGGAGCGUUGUGCAGACGAACGAGGGAGGAAGAUGGAAGAGCAGAAAAGAAGGGAGAAGCAGAGGAGGGCAUCAGUGGAGGAGAGGAGACAACAACAGGACGAGGAGGAGAAGGAGAGACUGGAGGCCCUGGUGAGAAGAAGGGAGAGAACAGGAGAGAGGGACAGACAGAUGGGGGAGGACAGCAGAUACCCUAUGGAGAACAGGCCUAAACGCUGGACCUGGGGAGGACCACCCAGAGGGGAAGAGGGUAACCCUAAGACCCCGCCCUCUCAUGCUAUUGGCUCAGCUCUGCCUCAUCAUCCCGCCUCUGCUGCCAGUCCCAACCAAUCCAGGAACGUGUGUGACUUCCUGACACCACCCUCCCCGGACCAGCCAAUCACUAAACGCCUCUCCAACUCUUCAGCCUCCCUGCAUUCACCAGAAAGAGCAUCCCCCAGCCCCCAGCGACCGGCCUACAAAUGUUCCCCCUCCAGGAAGGCAAGCAAUGGACCCCCGGAAGACAAGACCCCCAGAACACCCACAACAGAGAGAGGCCCCGCCUCCUGUCUGACUGACUCUUCAAUGAGACGCCUAGAAUCUCCGACCACUCCCACCCGAAGCUCCUCCCCCAGAGCCCAUAGCAAAGCAAUGGGCACGCCCAAAAGGGUGAGGUCGACUAAGAGUCGUGCCCAAUCCCCCUGCUCCCCGGGACAGUACCCUCCCUCCCCCCUCCGCCAGCGACCCCCAGUAACCGAGGGCAACCAUGAGGCCAGGGGUCAUGGAACCCUGGAGAGGAAGUCCUCCAAGCCGGACCCAGCAGAGAAGAAGAUCCCCAAGUCCUGCAGCAGAGACCUGGCGACAGAUUCUCCAGGUACGCCCACAGGCAGGAACGUUGCCGGGACAACGGAUGCAGAGGAGGCGUCUAGACUGUUGGCUGAGAGGCGGCGUCUGGCCAGAGUACAGAAAGAGCAGGAGGACAAACUACGACAGGAGGGGGAGAGGCUGAGAGCUGAGGAGGAGCUGAGGAGAGAGCAGGAGGCGCGGGAGCGGCAGGCGAGAGAGGCACAACGGGCAGAGGAGGAGAGAGAGAGACGGGAGGGGGAGAGAGAGAGACGGGAGGAGGAGAGAAAGAGCAGAGAAGAGGAGGAGAGAAGGACCAAGGAGAGACGAUGGAAAGACAUGCAGGAUCAGCUGGACCGAGAGAGAGAGGAGGCGUGUCUGCGUGCUCACAGGGAGGCGGAGAGGAAGAGGCAGGAGAGAGAACUGCUGCAAGUACAGGAGGAGCAGGAGAGACUGCAGAGAAAGAAGCGGAUUGAGGAGAUCAUGAAGAGGACGCGUAAGAGUGAAACGGACUCCUCAUCCUCAGGUGUAUGUGAUGUGAUCAGGGGCCAGGCAGGGCAGGGCAGGGAGCUGGAUCAGGAUGAGUCCCCUCUCAUCACGCUGGGCCCCCUGGAGAGAAAGAGCUGUGGAGGGGACGAGCUGUCUGACGGGGUACAGUCUAUGGACGUCAGCCCUGUGUCCAGGGAUGACUUGGGUAUCGUUCAGGACUUCUCUCCCGUCAGCGAGGCGUUAAACAGCAUGAGUAACGCCCGAACCCUGGAGCACCUCCUGGACCUCACCGCCCUGCCAGACACACCCCCCUACCCCAGGCUGCAGCCAGGCAGUGCUGCAGCCCUGGGAGACCUCAACAAGAACCUGCUGAUCCAGGGUUAUAACCCCGCCUCCUUAACUAGCUCCUCCCCCAGGUCCGCCCAGCUUCUCCACAGCCUCAGCCCUGGCAAACUGGACGUCUAGUAACCAGGGUAUUGUAUAGGACUAUUGGCUGUUGGGUGAAAAGAGAAGCUAGCAGCAGCAGGGGAGUCUCUGCUCUCCUCCUUCCUCACCAAAACUAGAGAGUGGGACCAGCUCCCUGCACCUCCACCCCUCCUUCCUCAUCAAAACUAGAGAGUGGGACCAGCUCCCUGGACCUCCACCCCUCCUUCCUCAUCAAAACUAGAGAGUGGGACCAGCUCCCUGCACCUCCACCCCUCCUUCCUCAUCAAAACUAGAGAGUGGGACCAGCUCCCUGCACCUCCACCCCUCCUUCCUCAUCAAAACUAGAGAGUGGGACCAGCUCCCUGCACCUCCAUCCCUCCUUCCUCAUCAAAACUAGAGAGUGGGACCAGCUCCCUGCACCUCCACCCCUCCCCCCUCUCUUCAGGGGAGAGGCCCUCCCCAUUUACCCCUGGACUCCACAGAGAGCAACUGCUCAAUGUCUAUAACUCAACACAUCUACAGCUGAAUUCACCUAUGUAAACACACACUGACAUGUACACACACACACACACACACACACGGUUAAUACUCUCCCAGUAAAGUGAAGCUUUUUCUCUGUGCCCUGGCUGUAUGAUAUUGUGUAUAAAGGUGUGUCAGUGUUUGGAGGCUGAUGUAAUAUGGUUGUGUUAUCCUCCUGUAGCAUUAAUUAUGUGGUUAACACUGACCCUGUAGCACCUUCACUGGAGAACACCUCCUCCUGUAUAUACUGUAUACUGUUACACAGCUGUAACUCUAGGUAGAAGUUGCACCUAACCACAGAUCUAGAAUCAGAUUAUUCUAACCCUCAAUAACCUUAACCUUUGGGCAGAUGAACAAUUAAUCUGACCCUGUAUCAGUGGUUAGGGGCAGCCUACUUGUUGUAACGGCUACGUUAGGAGUUUCUUUCUGUCAGUGUUUCUAGUGGUGGUCGGUUAUGAUCAUCACAGCACCACUGACACGCUGUACUACUGUUCACCAGGAGUCUACAAUCGCUAUGUAGAACUCAGCUAGCCAGUCUAAAUGUUUGCAUCCUGCAACUGGCGAAACCUACUCAUCUACAGAUGUGGAUGAUUUAGUAUAGUAAGACAAAAGUCUGGCCUCAGUUGAUAUGCUUCUGUCCACCAUAGCUUUAGUGGUGCGUAAAAAAAUAUGUGGAACACUGGAGCAUUUCUUAUUAUAAUCUGAGCAAAAAGAAAACUGUGAACAGUCUUGUAUUUUUUGCUAUUUGUAGGGCUGGGGGAUAUUGAAAAUAUGUGGCAUGUGUUUUUGGCUUGCUGUGUGUGCGCUAGCUGUGGUUUAGUAACUGUUGUGUAACAGCUCUGAAAACACUCAUCCCUACUCUGUUCUGGAAAUACUGCUCUCUCUAUCUUGCCUCUGCUCUGAACUGGACUGUAUAUGCCGCAACUCACAGUCCUAGCAACUAGCAGUCAACCUACAGCAGGGGUCUCCAACUUUGGAGCUACUGGGUGGUCCUGGAGCUAUUGGGUGUGCAGGCUUUCGUUCCAGCCCUACAGUAACACACCUGAGUCCAUUAAUCAUGGACCAGACUGAAGACGGUGAUUAGGGCAGGAACAAAAGCCUGCACAUUCAGUUAGUGAACCCUGUCCUACAGUAUCUCAUCAGUCUGUGUAAUCGCUCAGUCAGUCAACAGCUAUAUUCACUAUGACUGUGGAUUUACCUCAUGGAGAUCUAUCUCACUACAGAGGACACUUCACAGUCUGCUGUCCACUACUGCUGGGAAUUCUACCAAUCAUACAUGUUUCCUGUACUGUAACGGUCUUGUACCAAUCUUACUGUAACACUUGCCUUGAUUUGCUCUCAGGGCGGGUGUAGGUCAGCAUGUGUGCUCCCUCCCCUCACGGUUUCAAUCUCUGUUUCAGUUCCCCCUGAAGGGCACUGUGAGGUGCCAACCACUCCUCACGACCCAGCUAACCCUGUGAAGGGACACUGACUAGUGUCUAUAAUGGCUCUAAUGUUGAUGCUGUAUCUCAAUUACUGGACUAGAGUAGGUAAAGGAGUAGGUAAAGGAGUAGGUAAAGGAGUAGGUAAAGGAGUAGGUAAAGGAGUAGGUAAAGGAGUAGGUAAAGGCCUGGAAAGUCUGUUUAUCUUUGCUGUCUUCAGGGCGCUUGACUCUUGAUUUAGUUGCCAUGUCUGUUCGUCCAUCAGUCAGUCCAUCUCUCUUCCUCUCUCUUUCUGUGCUUGUUCAUAAUCUAAUGCUUUCUUUGUAUGCCAAGGGUAAAUUAAGUAAACUUAAGACUUAAGGUCAGAAUGUUAUUCACUAAAAAUCACUUAACACAGAUGUCACUGCAGCUUGGUGGAAUAUAUAACUGUAGACGUGGUGCAUGGAUCUAACUGCUGAAAACAACAAUAAAACGAGCCAUAUCAUCAA